AUGAUGCCAACUGCCCUACCGCCCAUGGCAACGCCGCUACGAGACGAGACGGCCGCCGUCUCCACCCUAAAGGAUCCCGGUCCUCAUAUGGCUUCGCCCAACAAUACCGCUUCUGACCUUUCUACCUCCGUCUCCUCGACCUCCUCGGCUGGCUCGGUCUUGAAUAUCGCUGCAAUUGUCUCCAAUAAUGCGCCCGCCGUUUCCUCCCCGCAGAACCAUGUCGCUCCCUCCGUUAUACCCCCGCCGGAAACCCCGUCCGGGACGAUAGUCAUUGUGUUUGGCGCGGGGAUGGAAAGCAUCGUACACAUGGUCGCGGAGGUGCUCGGAAAGCCCUGGACAACGGAAACCUCGCUUGCGACGCUGGCUAGAGCCACGGACGUGGUUGUCGCCGGUGUGCUAGCCCAUGAUUUCGACCGCAGUCUGGAGGGAUGCGACAGGUCCUCGAUCAUCUUGAUAAAUACCCAUUGCGUGGAGGACGGGUCUGCACCCGAGGAUGCAUUGACCGAAUCAUGCGACUACGAGUUCUUGUACUCGCGAACCCCCUUUUGCACGAGGCCGCAUGAGGACUUGCGCACCAAGACGCGGACCAAUUUUAUUUCGACGACCUUCCCGGAUGUACAUGCCGCGCUGCCGAAUUUGGAUAUCUUGUCGGUGGGAUCGGAUGCGGUUGAGAUUCGCGUGGACUUGCUGGUCGAGCCUACGGCGGAUGGCACUGCGGCGGGCUCGGUGCCCAGUUUGAAAUACGUGGGUCAGCAAUUGAUGCUGCUGCGGCAACAUACCGAGUUACCCAUUAUAUUCACGGCGAGAUGCACCAAGGAGAAUGGAAAAUUCCCCAUGGACGAUCCCAUGUUGUUCUACAAGUACUUGCGGCGCGCGAUCCAGUGGGGCGUUGAAUAUGUCGACGUGGAGCUGUGGUUGCCCGAAGAGAUUCGCCGGCGAUUAUCAGAAGUCAAGGGUCAUAGCAUUAUCAUGUCUGCCUUCCAUGAUUUUUCGGGCACAUGGAAGUGGACGGCCCCCGAGGCUCAGCGUGUCUUUGAGGAGAGUGCCAAGUACGGUGAUAUCGUCAAGAUGAUCGCCAUGGUCUCGACUAUCGAGGAGAACUAUGAACUGGAAUACUUCCGUUCGACUAUCAAAAGUCGUGGACCGGGUCCGCUACUCUCUGCCGUCAACAUGGGCCAAAUGGGUCAACUCUCGCGUGCCUUGAACACCGUCUUCUCCCCCAUCACCCACCCUUUGCUCCCCAUGAUCGCAGCUCCGGGUCAGUUGACCGCCGCCGAAAUCAACGAAGCCCUGCAUAUCAUGGGCCAACUGCCCAAGCGCGAUCUAUACGUCAUCGGCUCGUUCCGCGCCACCCCACACUCCAUGUUCAUGGAGAAAUGUCUCAACGAGCUCGGCCUUCCGCAUACUUUCACUUCCAUCGACCGCGGCCCCAAGGGCUCCAUGGAGUCUAUCCUCACUCAGCCUCAAUUCGGCGGUGCCUGCCUCAACCCACCCAUCUCCAGCUCAACCACGUACAUGCCCUCCAUCAGCGACGCGGCCCGAGCCAUCGGCCUCGUCGACACAAUCGCCCUCUCGGCGCCGGCUGAAAUCGGCAGCGCGCGGUUCGUCGGUGAGAAUGCCGCGUGGAAGGGUAUCCGUGCCACGCUGACGCGCGAGUACGUACCCUCCGCGUACCGCGGCCGCGCGGCAAUCAUCCUCGCCGGCUCCGAGACCGACGCCUCGGCUGCGAUCUUUGCCCUGCGCAGUCUAGGCGUGGGAUCGAUUUAUACGGUCGGGUUCAAGGCUAGCGGGCCGCUUGCGGCGGGGUUGGAACCGUUUACCUCGAUUCAGUCGGUUAAAUUGGUUGAGCAGCCGUUUGUCAUUGUUUCCGCGUUGCCGCCGGAAAAGUCCCUCUUGGUGCAGCCCUUGCUCAGACAUUAUCGGACCAAUGGCCGCUCGUCGCCGCCGUCGACGAGGGGGAAGGUUUAUCUGGAUUUAACCUCUGGUCCUAGGAAGGGGGAUCCCUUGGGCGUGGCGAGUAGUGCGGGCUGGACGGCGUAUGGGAGUGAGGAUGUUAGUGCUUGGACGACGGUGGAGACGUUGCGGUUGUUGGUGGGUCAGAAUGUGCCGUUUGACUUUGUGAGGAUGGCGUCUGGGAGGCCGUUAUUUUGA